CUACUGCUAUUGAGCUCUGCGAAGGCAGCAGUGCGCAGCCCACCAGCAAGCACCCUAUCCACUUUUGAUGCCGUGAUCAUGGCACCUUCUGAAGAAAGAAAGGCGGAGCUUGUCGCCUUGUUUCUGGAGGUUACGCACUCUUCCGAUGAAGCUCAGGGGGCUCAGAUGCUGGAGUGGCACAACUGGGAGGUCCAGCGCGCCGUGAGUGCCUUCAUGCUGGGCGAGAUCACCCCUCCCCGCAGCUUCCUCAUGGGCAACAACAGCAGCGGCAACAAUAACGCCUCCGCGGAUUCCUCGGGGUUUGGGGGGUUGGGCGGGGGGGCGUCAUCGGGGGCAGGAAUGGAGGGCAUGGUGGACGGGGAUGUGGAUGGGAGCGGGGCGGGGAGGGGGGUUGGGGGCGGCGCGGCUGGGGCUGCCCCGGGCGUUUUGUCCGUGGUCGUAGGGCUACCGUUCCGGUUGCUGGGGAAGGUGAGUGGGUAG